AUGGCAAGAAAGGAAAGGAUUAAGCUGCAUCCCCUCCCCUGCUAUCCCUGCAGUGCAGUCUCCAAGGAAGUUGCCCUUAUACUGCUAGAGUCCAACUGGAAGCAGCAGCAACCCAUUUCUGCUACAGUUAAGGCACACAACAACAACAACACUGCUGCAAAUAAACCUAAGCUAGAAUUUCCACUAACAAAAAGGAAAGGACUUGCACCUCAAAGGUGCCAUCGAUUUCAAUCCUCUGCCUAUCGUAGCAACCAGUGGAGGUACCGAGGGCGGUGUGACAGCAUCCAGUUUGCUGUAGAUAAAAGGAUAUUUAUAGCCGGACUGGGGUUGUAUGGGUCAAGUUGUGGAAAAGCUGAAUACAGCGUCAAAAUCGAACUAAAGCGGCUAGGAGCUGUUCUCGCCCAGAACCUGACAAAGUUUACCUCUGAUGGAUCUAGUAACACUUUCUCAGUAUGGUUUGAGCAUCCUGUGCAAGUUGAGCAAGACACCUUUUACAAUGUAAGCGCCAUUCUGGAUGGCAAUGAACUGAGUUAUUUUGGACAAGAGGGAAUGACAGAAAUACAAUGUGGGAAAGUGACCUUCCAGUUCCAGUGCUCCUCAGACAGCACCAACGGCACAGGAGUACAAGGAGGACAAAUACCUGAACUCAUUUUCUAUGCAUGA